UCUUAAUGUUCCUGCUUUCUAUCUCUCUGAUGGAUUUGUUUUUGCAGCCUAAGGAUGGCCUGGUGCUUUGAGCGCUCCUUUGACUGUAAGUUGUGGUUUCACAGCUACAGCUUCCAAAUGUGAAUGCCUCACCUGGAAUCAAGCCCAGACCUUCUACCUGCUUAAUUGAUGAAGAAAUAAUGUAGGAAUAGCCUGCACCUUUCCAUGAAACGGCUUUUGAGUCAAUUGUCUAAUUACUUUUGGUCCCUUGAAAACGAGAGGACUACAUAUUAAAGAUGCUGUAAUUCCAAAAUCCUUCCACCAGUUUGGAUGUGAAUCCCCGCAAAUUAGAUUCAAUUCAACUUUAUUGUCAUUAAACAUUACAAGUACAGUACAACCAUAUUCAUUAUUUAACUGUAACUUGAAUAUAUUUUGGUAAACAGCCAAAAUAACAAAACUUGUGUCAGUGCUUAAUUAUUUCCAGACCUAACUAUAUAUCUAUCUUUGUUUUGUUGUAAAUAAGCAUAGGAUGAGCACAAUAGUGUAUGAACCAACUUCAUAGCAGCUCCAAAAGGUGGCGACAAAUAGUUGGGAAAAGAUUAUUAGAAGGAUAAUUGUAUUAUGUUCUAUGGAUCAGAUAUGUGAUUUGUACCUGCAGUAUCAGUGUUUGAAUCAACCAUAUACACCAUGCCUAAGUUUUGGUCCCUAUUCCUUGAGAGACACUUAAUUUAAUACCUUAGAGAGAAUGAUCGUGGUCCUAAUUAAGGACUUUUACACUGUUAGGUGACCAUUCCGUCAGUCAAACAAUCUAAAGGUUACCAGUGAGAGCUCUUUGUGUUUUCACAUACCACUAAUGGGUCCAUGUCUACUGCUGCAGCUAAUUGACCCUGUCCCCCUCACCACAAAUCUUAGCGGUAUGUCCUAACGAAGCUCAAAGCCAGCCGGACAUAAUGGAAUUCCACUACUCAAUGCAAAACCCAGGAAAUAACUUAGAGAUGGCCUGUGGAAGGAUCGGCUUCAUUAAAGAGUUAGUCAUCAAAACAGGCAAACGAGCCAUAACGAAGAACUGAAGACGAGCACUGAUGGGCAGUCUCUUUGUGGACGUUCUCGUCCAUCGUACUUAACAUCUCUUAAUGACGUACAGAGAGGGUGUAAAUGAGAUCACGCAGGACAUCAUAAAAGGAGACUGGCUUCUAAGGACAUGGGCCAGAGCAGGAGUGGACACGACAGCCUCCAGCAGAACAUAACUGGGUUCAACACAGUACUGGACCUCGGCUUCAGGGAUGGACAGGGCACGCUCAUCCACCACGAAACUCAAGGUGAUCCUUUUGUUGCUGUUGGUCUCUCAUCUGGCCUGUGACGCAGAGGAGAUUGCCAACUGUUGCAGUCAGAAGUCCCACUCCUGCCCUCUCUAUGCCUUGCUCUGUCGCGAAGGUAGCGGAACGGGGACCCGGGGACGACUCCCUGAUGACGCAGCCGCCGGCUUCCUCACAGUCGGUAAAUGGAAAAAAAAUGGCGAGCGUCGUUUCCGGAGCCGGUUGAGUCAGCUACUCAACGGGUCACAGAACCCAGCAGCUGGAAUAUUAACAAUGGGCAAGCGGACCGAGGACACAGUGGAACAGCUCAUGCACAUCUUCCCCAUUUUAGAAACGUCGCCUUCGUUUUAACAGCCAUUUCUGGUGUGAUUAAUGAAGAAAACACAAAUGUUGACAGUCGGAGCUUGUUCGGGGUGAACUAAUGACACAAAUACAUGUGGAAUGUUUUAAACUCAAAUUUAAACUCUGUCUAGACUUUUCCAUUUUUAAAUUGUACAUUUUGUUUGUGUAAUAAAAUGUGACAAUGGUCAGA